AUGAGUUCCAAAUCUCGAAAGCGGUCCCGUACCGUCACGGACGAGAACCGCGCCGACUGUCCCUUUACCGUGGCGAUGGUCACUGCCCCGAGCUCUGAGGAGCGCGAUCAUAUAGCCAAGAAGAGAAAACGCGAUGGCGACGAAGACGGCGCUGCUUCGAACAACACCAAGAAGGAGCUGGUCCAGAUGUCGCCGUUUGAGCCCCGGGGUAAAUUCAAAUCCAAUCAGUCCAUGAAUCUCGCCUACACCGUCGAGCCGCGGAAGCGAUGGCAAGACAUGACGCGAUAUAAUAGCUUCGUCUUGAAUGGUUACAAAUAUUGUAAUGACGACUUUGUCUAUGUUGCAAACGAGGCAACCAUCGAGCGCCAAAAGGCGACUGGAAAAGCCGCGGAUGGCGGAAACGGCUUGCUACAGUCAACCGACUACUGGGUUGCCCGAAUUCUCGAGGUUAGGGCUGCAGACGAACAUCACGUAUACGCGCGAAUUUACUGGAUGUAUUCGCCCGACGAGCUGCCGCCGGGAACUCAGGAUGGCAAAAAGACCAUUAGUGGUCGCCAACCAUAUCACGGCCAGAACGAACUCAUCGCGUCAAACCACAUGGAUGUAAUCAACGUCGUCAGCGUAGCCAUGAAGGCAACCGUUCAUCAUUGGAUUGAGUCGGACGAUGACGAAGUUCAAGAUGCGCUAUAUUGGAGACAAGCGUUCAAUUGCCGGACGUCUCAGAUUUCUUCAGUCGACUUGACUUGCAAAUGCCAGACCCCAGCGAAUCCCGAUAAAACGUUGAUUGGUUGUACAACCCCAGAUUGCGGCAAUUGGCUUCAUCACGAAUGUCUCCUACACGAUGUUCUGACGCAGGUAUACGAGCGACUUGGAACCGACAAACCACACAUUUCCGAAAAGAAGGAAUCGACGUCGGUGAAGACGGAAACGGAUGACGACUCUGUACAGCAUCCGCUUACACCGACAGAAACCAAGGAAGAGCGCACACCUUCUGCGAUUGAUGUUAAAGGACCAAGCGAAAACGGGGAUCAUACCCUUGUGAUACGAAACAAUGAAGGGACGCCCAAAGGGGCAACACAAACCCCAACACCUGGGCCGCCCAAUUCAGUUGGUCCAAAGAGCGUAAAGACAACAUCUGCCAAGAAGGGCCGUGGCAAGAAGGCUGCGGAUGACAAGCCAUACGAGGGACUCUUCGAGGCGAGCUUGAAGAUGAAUGACGGCCCAAUGGCCUGGGUGAUAACAGAUCUGAGGCCAAAUAUUGCAGGAGGAGAUCGAACCUGGACGGAACGUGCCAAAUGUUUGAUUUGCAAUAACACGAUUGACUAG